AUGAAUCUUUGCUCAAAGAUCACACCCUGUAUCUGGUUCGAUGGCCACGCCCACGAAGCCGCCACCUUCUACACCUCCAUCUUCCCCAACUCCAAAAUGACACACAUCCAACACUACACUUCCACAGGCUCCCAAACACACCAGCACCCACCAGGAACCAUCAUGACCGUUGCCUCCGAGCUAAACGGCCAAUCGUUCACCGCCCUGAAUGGAGGUCCUCACUUCCAAUUCACGCCUGCCGUCUCAUUCCAAAUCAUGUGCGAGGACCAGGCUCAGGUUGAUCACUACUGGGAGAAACUUUCAGAGGGGGGACCGAUUGAGGCCCAACAGUGUGGGUGGGUGGCUGAUAAGUUUGGAGUUUCUUGGCAGGUUGUUCCGAGGGUUUUGUUGGAGAUGCUUGCUGAUGAGGAUGGGGAGAAAGCGGGAAGGGCUACGGAGGUAAUGAUGGGGAUGAAGAAGUUGGAUGUUGAGGGGUUGAGGAAGGCUUUUGAUGGGGAGGGUGCUUAG